AUGUACUACAAUUCUACGGCUGGCGUCCUUCGGGCGAGCUCCAGUCUGAUGGCUGUGAAGCCAGUCGCCGCUGGCAAGGGAACGCCAGAUCCUUACAAUGUGCCAAACGGCAUGUUGACACCGCUCGAAAACCAGUCCGAGUGGCAAUUUUACCAGAUGUUCCAGAACGAACAUAUGAAGUGGUUCAUGAACGCUCCAUGCGAGGAUGACGGCCUAUGCACUUUGAUCUGGACGAACUUGAUUUUACCUCUCAUGCACGCGCAAGCACUGUUCAAGCAUUUGGUGCUCGCUGUUUCCGCCGCUCAGACAUUUGGCAACCCUGACGGCACUCCUGCUGGAGGCUACUUUGGAGCGGCUGCAGUCAACGAGCCCUUCUUCUUGUACCACUACGGGAAAGUCUUACGGUUGACGAUGGAGGCAAAGGAACGCGGAGACAUAUCGGCCGUCAUCUGUGCGGCAGCUGGUUUCUCAUCUCACAUCGGCGCUCAAGCUCAUUCGGCAGAUGGACUCGGUACAAUCGGAGUUUCUGACUGUGCCACGUAG